AUGCUACCAACACCGUCAACAUCACACGUGUCGUACGACAGGAUCUACGAACCAGCAGAAGACUCGUAUCUAUAUCUCGACACACUGUCAUCCGCAUCGGAGACGGAAUGGCUACAAGCGCGCUUUAAGCCUUCUUUCGAUCAGACUUCCGCCUCCAGUUUACCCUCAACAACUACAACAUCACCACAUCGAACCGGACGAGCACCGACACCGAUAACCACCCCUCCACUAGUCGUCGAACUCGGGCCCGGAUCCGGCGUCAUAAUCGCCUUCCUCACAGCCCACGCCCACACCAUUUUCGGCCAACCCGUCCUCAGCCUCGGCGUGGACGUGAACCCGCAUGCAUGCCUGGCCACCCGCACGACCGUGGAGAAGGCACUCUACGAAACGAGGACAGCGCCUGAGUCCAACAGCACCAUUAACAACAGCAUAUACCUAGCUUCUCUGACGGGCGACCUCACCACACCCCUUCGACCAGGCGAAGUCGACGUACUCAUAUUCAACCCGCCCUAUGUGCCGACCGAUUCUGUGCCGGACUUUGAAGCGCUUCGAAAUCAAAAUCAAAAUCAGCAAAUACACACAGUCCCUGUGACAAGUGUCGGUGCCGACGCCAACGACACUCAAUCAAAUCCCAAACUCGACACAAAGGUCUCCUCCUACUCGUCUUCGUUGACUUUUGAAGAGUCCUCACAUCUGCUCGCACUAUCGUAUGCAGGUGGCAUCGACGGCAUGCAGGUCACGAUGCGACUGCUCCGCCAGAUUCCGCUCAUUUUGAGUCCGCGGGGUGUCGCGUAUAUUCUGUUCUGUCGGGGUAAUAAGCCUGAAGAGGUCAAGAGUUGGAUUCGAAGUUGGAAUGAUGAUGGAAGCGACAACAGCGGGAGUGAUGAUGGCCGCCGCCGCUGGACGGCUGAGACUGUUGGAUCGAGUGGGAAGACGGCUGGAUGGGAAAAGUUGGAAAUUGUGCGGAUAUGCAGAGAAUGA